CAUAUUUCUCUUUGCUCAACACACUGCUGUCCACACGUAGUGGUGAAAAAGCAACCACUUUCCACCACCACCACCACCACCGACAGCAGCCAUGUCCGUCAAAGAGUGCACCCACCACAAGAAUAAGGGACGUAAUCUUCUCCGGCGACUCUGUGCCGGAUUCCUCAUCCUUGCCUUCAUCGUCCUCCUUACUUUCCUCAUCACAUGGGCCAUUCUCCAGCCCAAGAAACCACGGUUCACCCUCCAAGACGCCACCAUCUACUCCUUCAACGUCUCCGCUCCCAUCCUCCUUUCCUCCAACUUUCAGAUCACCGUUUCUUCCCGUAACCCUAACGACAGGAUCGGCGUCUACUACGACAAACUCGACGUCUUCGCCUCUUACCACAGCCAGCAAAUUACUUACUUCACCGCCAUCCAGCCGGUGUACCAAGGCCAUAAGGACACCAACGUCUGGUCUCCGUUUAUUUACGGAACCAACGUCCCGGUGGCGCCGUACAAUGGUGCGUCGUUGACUCAAGACCAAUCGGACGGUGCAAUCUCGCUAUUGAUCAAGCUGAACGGACGGGUGAGAUGGAGAGUUGGAAGGUUUAUAUCCGGGCGGUACCACAUCCAUGUGACGUGUCCCGCUUAUAUUCCGUUCGGAAACAAGCAGAAUUCGGCGAUCCCCGGAAUUGUUGUCGGCACCGGAAUUAAGUAUCAGUUAUCUCAGAGGUGCAGUGUGAAUGUGUGAAGACGAUAGAUAUAUCUCAUCUUAAUGAACGGUGUCGUUUUGAAAUGUCUUCCUAUUCACACCUCACUUUACUUUCUCUUUCCUUUUUUUUUCUUUAUAUAUAUUUAUUAUUGGAUGCAUACGUGGACGAAUUUGUAAAUUUUGGUGGAUGAGAAUAAAAAGCAAAAGUUAGCAUUGGAAAGUUAUCGCAAA